CAGUGAAGGAAGGUUUGUCAGUACUGGAGAACGGAUCCGACUGCCAGAUGACGUAACUAUGGGAUAUAUAAUCGAACACCUGCUGAAGCAACCGUUAACAGUCGUCGACCAAUUUCACUCGCAUUUGGAGCUGCUCAAGUUCAUCAGGAAGGAUAUGAUUGAAGAUCAGAUUUCAUUCAGCUACGCGAAGAGUAAAGGGGAAUGGAAUAUCGUGAAGAUAGAUGGAUUUGACGAAGUUGAAGACCAGUACAGAUUCCUGUCGCUGCACUGUUUUCUGUUCCCGUACUUCAGCUUUUGUCCUGGACGGAGGUGAAGAAUACGCCAUCGUGUUCCAGAAAAACAGUUGGCAAGUUGGCAAAAAUGCAAUGUGAUCAACGAAAAAGAAGGUUCGUGGUGCUGAGAGGAGGCAGAGGCAUUCUGUGGUCUCGUGUUGAUUGAUUAACGUAUUCUACCUGAAGAUAGACAACCAUGAACUAUAUUUUGGUGUCCAUAAAAGGGAUCUGCUAACGACAUCAGCAGCAUAUAUAAAUGAAUAUAAAUCGUUUCUCAAUAUUCCGUGGACAUAGACUUACUUUUAGACUUACAAUAAGUCUAUUGAAUAUUAUUUACCUUUAUGCAAUAGUGCUUCGUUUGUCCGUUAGAGGGCAUCAAAAGUUUCCUUUUCGGAAACAAUUUUUUUCAGAUAUCUUGAGACCGAUAGUCCGAUUUGAAUGAAAUUUGUAAAACAUGUGUUUUCUGGACGUCGCAAUAUUUGACUUUUACAAAAAAACGAAACUGCUACAGGGUGAAAACAACCCCCAACCCUACAUAAGUCAUAGCAGAUCUUUUUCGCAGCUCCCCCAACGACUCUGAGCUUUUUUCAUUUACUUAAUUUUUUUUCAAAACAGAUCGUUGUUUUUCGGAGCUGCUUUCUAAAAAACCUUCUGAUUACAAACAUCAAGUGUUAAAAUUCUUUGCACUGUAUUGUUAUGUUCAGGAACACUUGUGUUUUGCUGGAGUUCAUAAUAUCUGACUUUCACAAAAAACCCGAAAGGGUUCGGGAAGGGUGAAAACUCCACCACUACAUAAAGUAAAUUUUUUUCAGAACUCUCCCAACGACAUUGAGGUUUUUUUAUUUGAAAUACCGUUUUACGACUUUAUUUUUGGUCUCAUAAAAACAGGUCAUUUCGCAUGGUUUUAGAGAAUAAAAUAUUUUUCGGAGUUGGUUUCUAUAUUUUCUUGUUACAUCAAAUUUCUAGCGCCGUAUUGUUAUGCUGAGGAACAAAAAUGGUGAUCAGAUUGAACACCUUUUAUGAAAGAUUCGCACUAUUGCCUGUAUUAAAUAAAAUAUUCGCUAAGUACACUUAAAACAUGAAUAUGUUAAGACGCUUUGGAAUUUCUUGAUGCAACACAUUUUUUUCUGAAAAGUAUCCGAGAUGGUCUGUUUUUAAAAUGAGAUAACAAAUGAAGUAAACAAAAAGAUCUACUAAACGAAAGAAAAAUCAGGGUCGAAGGGAAAGUUGCCAAAAAAUUCUGGUAAAAUUUAUGGAGGGGGAGAGGGCUAGUUUUCACCGUUCUCGAACACUUUAGAGUUAUUAGUAAAUAUCAAAUAUUAGAACGUCUAUCAAAACAUAUGUGUUCCAAAUUUCAUCCAAGGUUCUUCAUCGGUUCUUUGAUUAUCUUAAAAUAAAGAUUUUUUCAAAAAAGCGCAUUCUUGCGGACAAACGGAGCAGUUUUGAAAGGUAAAUCAUGUCUGAUCGACUUAUGUUGAGUCUAAAAAUACCUGGUACAUCUAUGUCCAUGAAAUAUUGAGGUACCCUGUAGAACUAAUUUGAAAACGUUCCAAAUAUUUAGCUGUGCUACUGUCUCAUAGGUAGCACUAGGAUUUGGACUCACUAACACCUUCUUCAAUUGAGCUUGUUCAGGUGUAAUAGGUUAAGAUUUAUUCAUUCAUUCAAAAAUCUUUCUAUCUGUGAUGUUGUAUAUAUUUUUAAGGCACAGAUUGUGCCGUAUACGUAUUAUUAUUGUUUUUAACGAUUCGCAAAUUUUUAAUUGUAGGCCUGCUAGUCUUGUAUAAAAAUUUAUUUUGAGCGGAUACUGUAGUGCAAUUCUUUUAACAUAUUAUGUCUAAGGGUAUAUAUUUGGAGAUUUGGAGAUUUGAUAUGGGACUAUAAAAAAAACUUCGACGAAGCAUCAAAAUUUACCCUCCAAAAAGUAUCUCAACUUUUUCGAUGGAUGAAGAAGAGUAACAAAACUCACCAUGCAAAGCUCAAACAUAAAAUUUCGCGCCAUUGCUGUGUUGCAAGUUACGCUACAGUCAGAUCUGAGGAAAAUAUUGUUUGUUCUUUGACAGUUAUCAAAUGUACGAGGUUUUCAAAAGACCAUACCCAUUUGAUUGCUUCUCGUUCAUCGGUCUCGAAGACAAGACUAAUACCUACACCUUACUGAUGAGAUGGUAAUGAACACGAAAGCGCUGACUGCGGUUGGAGACGCUUACAGAGACUUACGGCAAACAUGUAUAUUUCAGCAUGUGUCGAUACAGAUUCAGAAGUCGACGUCAAGCCGGAAACGGUAGUAACUAAUUUGUAGUAAUUAGUUACUACAAAUUUCAAUUUUUCCUUAAAGGAGUGAGUGUUAUUCUCGUAGUGUCAGAAAGACUGAUAAUAACGCCACUUUUGCUAAUUCGUGACUGUAUUUAUUAAAUUCAGUAAAAAUGUUCCUUCAGCGGCAAUGCAAGCUUGGCAUCUUCUUAAAAAAUGAUCAGGUUAUCAGACGGGCGAAUCUUCCGCUAUUAACAGACUCAGCUGCUUCCGUUAUUUUGUCCCGUAACAGCUAAAUUUUCGAUUGGCUUCAAGUAAACCGCUCGCAGGCAAAAAAAUCGAAUGGAUUUAAGCCACCAGACGCCCCUGAAAUCUACCAGACCGCCCUGUCCAUCUGCUCGUGUAUUCCGUAUCAAGAUGUACUCUAACUGAACGUUCAUAGUGCGCCGGGAAAAGAAUACAAUGAUUCUCCUAUCUAGAAUCUCUGUCAACAUGUUUAUUUUAAAACGAUACCGUGAGUAUCUUGUCUCAUCAAAUCGCAAGAUUCAGUGUUUUGUACUUUUGGGCACUCCCGUGCUUGCUUGUAUUUGACGUACUCGGGUCUUGUUCGACUGCUUGUAGUACGACGUCCUCGAAGAAAAGCAAAUCCCUCCUUCACCAUGAGCUUGAUUUGGGAAUCGUCUCCCUGAGAUUAAACGACGCACAUUCACAAAAACUCGGUGAUCGGGAUGAGAGCAGCAUUUGGGUAGAGUAGAGUUGGUGAAUGUGGAAUACUUUUCAUUUGAAGCCUAUAAUUCUAUACUAAUUUGAGGCAUUCAAAUAAAUCAAGUAGUUCUGAUAUCUGUGAGGUUCUGUCAAAUAGCUGAAAUAAUUUAGGUCGCAUAUAUUUACUCCAUGCAUUUGUAAAAAUGAAAAUAUUCGAAGCAUGUAAUAUGUAGCCAUCGAAAAUUACUAUGGUAAUGUGGAAUAAGGCAUGGUAAUGUGGAAUAAUAAUAUUUUUGUUGGUUUGUACAAACAUUGAACAAUAUUUCACAACCAAAAGUGCUACAUAGUUUUUGUCUAUAAAACAUAGUACAUCGUUUUUAAAACUGGUGAACAAAAAUAAAUAAAUGUAUAUUCUAUAAAACAACGAAGGAACCAAACGAUGUCAAAAUUUGCAUAUCUAUAUAUUUUGGUUUACUUGCACAAAUCGCAUAUAUAAAUAUCUUUCUUCUCCACUCCUCCACAUUCUGCAUGCGCCCAAUUGUUACAGAUCUCACAUCUAACCCAGACUUCCCCGCGUACAUCUUCUGAAAAUUUUCCUUCGCAAAAUAUGCAGCUUGCAUCACCACUGGUAUUUUGAAUGGAGAUAUCAUUUUCGUCAUCUGAAGAGUCGUGAACCGAGGGAGUGCAACUUGAUUCCGAACUACUUAUUGAGAGUUUUUUUUGUCUUUUGGAUGGAUGACCUUUAGAGCUAGUUGCUUGCCUAGAUGAAGUAGUGCAUGGAUUAGCCAGAUUUCUCUUCACUUCUUUUUUCUUGUUAUUUGAGAUGCUUAUAGAAGCUUCAAGUUCAUCGUUGUUCGGUGUAGAUGUAAUGAUUUUCGCUUUCCCUGAUUUUCUUCCCCUAUUGGAUUGUUUCUUUUUUAGAUUUGGUAUUUUCAUUAUAUCUUCAGGGAGUACCAGGGUUUCUGAUCCAGGAGAUGUCUCUUCAUUCUGGAUUUGUUCUCUCAACACGGGUUCAUCUUCUGUUUCUUUAUGUUCACUAUUAUCUUCUGCUGCCAAAUAGUCGUCUUCUGUGAAAACGUUGCGUCUUACUGGAUAAAGGCCCGUAACAGCAAAUCCCUUGACCGCGCGUUCUCCAGUUUGCACUUUCAGGUAUGCCCUGCCAAAUAGCUCAGAUAUGUCAAAAUGAUAUACAGCUCUUUGAUUUGCUCUUAAAAAUAUCCUGAUUUCUUCACUGUAAUACGUUUUCAAUGCUGACAUCACAGUUUUAUCUAGAGGUUGUAACUUGUGGGUAGUUUUUGGAGGUAAACAUAAAAUAGUUACAUGCUUUUCUCUAGCUUUUAAAAUCACAUACAAAUUUCUGGUGUGACUGUAAUGCCCAUCUAGAAUCAGCAAUACAGGAUUAUUUUCGCUUGGCUGUGUAAAAUCAAUAAAUUGAUUGAACCAAUCUGUAAAAAGAUUUGAUUGAAUCCACCCGGAUGGAUGAAAGCGAAAUAUUGUCCCCGGUGGUGCUCCUUUUUUUAGUUGAUCACUGCCCUUCUUUCUUGGUGGCACAAAGUUGCCAGCUGCGUUCAUAGACAAGACAACUGUUAUUAAAGAUCCACGUUCAGCUGAAGUUAGCGCUCCGACUUGACGCUUGCCCUUUACAGAUAUGACAUGGGGACACUUUGGCUGUACUAUGCAAAGGCCACUCUCGUCAACAUUAUAAAUCCUAUUGGCCUGGAAUUUUUUCUCGUCCAUCAAGUUCUCCAGGAUGUCAAAAAAUUCAGCAACCUUAUGCUUGCAGAAUCCAGUUGCUCGAGCUAUGGAGGUGCCGGUCGGUUUCCUAACACUAAGUACAUGUUCGUGCCUUUUUAAAAACCUUUUGAGCCAAUCUUUUCCUGCUGAUUCACUGAGCAGUGAAAAUGGGUUAGGAAUAUUGUUCAGUUCUGCCAACUGAAAGGCUAUUGAACGCACAUCCCUUCUUGUAAGACCAAAAUAUUUCUUAUCCAUCAUUAUAAGAUAUUCAACCAGCUUUUGCUCUAAUUCUUGCGAUUAUAUUGGUUUUCUUCCUAGUUUAUGUUUUCUUAGAUUUUGAUCAUCUUUAUGAAUUUGACAAUAUCUGAAGAGGGUAGCCCGUGGAACGCUAAAAGUCUUUGCAGCGAGAAGGUAGCCCAUUCUUUUACUCUGUACUGCCUUAACUGCUUCUAACAUAUUAUUUUCUGACCAGUUGUGUUGUUUUAUUCCUUUAGAAGGCAUUUUCUGAAAUGAAACAACACAUAUGGUCAAAAACAUAAACAAAUUCAAUAUUCUUAAGCAAUAGGUCCGAUAAUGUGGUACACUCGUAUGGUUGAUAUUGUGAAAUAUUCCACAAUACCAUCCCACCUUAACUUAAUCUCAAGUUUACAGCUAGCAUGUAUAAACAUAAAUUUGAUAAUGAAUUCACACAUAACUUGACAAUGCAUGUAUCUGAGCCUUAAUAACAAAUAGUAAUAAUUAGAACAAAGUUGUACUUUACCUAGAAAUACACAAAAAUUGCAGCCAGUUCAAUGUUUCGAUAAUCACGUUUACCGGUUUUACCAACUCUUUUGAGGUUAUGCGCGUUAAUCGAUAAAAUAGCUACUAAUACAAGAGUAAAUAAUGCCACCGAAGUGCAGAUGCCGCUACUAGUUUUGAAGAUAUUUGUCUAUUCCACUCUACCUACCUAUUUCACAUUCACCAACUUUACUCUAUCUCUCCUAGCUGCAACACUAGCAUUGCAUCUAUAUUCCCCAUAAAUGAGGACCAUGUUGGCAUAUUCCUGUACAGUGUACCCAGUCAUCACUACACAAUCAUGAAUUAAUAAAAGUGGCGAUACUAUCUGUCUUGCUUUCACUACGUAGAAUGACACUCUCCGUCACUCUAAGAAGAAAUUGAAAUUUGUAGAAAUGGGAACUAAGAUAUCAUCACAAUUUGAAAAGUACACGACUUAGACUUUUUUAUAAUCUCGUUUCUGGCUUGUCUUCGACUUCUGGGACACCCUGUAUAGAAAAGCAUUGCUGUUUGGCACCGUGAAUACAUUUUCCGAUUAAUUGAUGGGUCGUCCGAGAUGGUGGUGCGACAUCUAUCUAUGCAAAGCGCAGAAUAUCGAACAAUUAUGAGCCAGAGACGUAGGGGGUCUUUCUCUUCUUUCUUCACAUAAUGGGAUAAGGAUGAAAUUCAGCUUGACAAAUCAUUGGUAGGUGGAGAUCGUCAGAUGUCUCGCCUACUUGCGCAUAUCGAAUGUGUCUAUCGACAUCUGGACUAACAAUCGAUCUUUAUUGUCUGACCUUCCAUAAAAAAUACAGAGAUACUAAAUGAGUUCUCUAUUAGUGGAAGAAUUUCAAAUACGUUUUACUCAACAUAUAAGUCAAGAAAUUUCAAAUAAAGAUUUUAGCUUUCCAAUUAUGUACCCUCAAAAUCAAUCUUUUAGCUAUGAUUUUAAAUAGCAACCAAGAAUAUAACAAUAUCAUAUUUAUUUUUAGUGUUGUUUAUCGUUUUUGUGAUACUUUGUACACGUGUAUAGCUGCAAAUAUAAUUUAGUGUGCAAUUAUUACCGAUAGCUCUUUGUAAGCAAAGUAAACAGAUUACAAAGAGUAGGUCGCCAUCAGUAGCUGUUUUCACCUCGGCUGGAGCGAUGACGUUGCCGAGACUGCUCGUCACUAACACAGGUUUUUUCUCGGAAAGUAAUAUAUAUGGCGGAAACCUCGCAUAAACCAUAAGGCUACCGGGUGGUAACCCGCUGCAAAUUUGUUUAAGCAAUUUUUGCAAUAAAUAGAUUUUCGGCUCGUCCGGAGUUCCUUUAUGGUAUUUGGAUCAUGCUUUUGCAGAUUUUUAAAUCGCUUAUAACUGGAACGUCAACGUCAGAGAGGGGUUACUAAGGACCUCUUUUGUUUAAAAUAUGUAAUCCAAAAAGCCUAAAUGAAUGAGAAAAACAUGUUUUUGUCUGUUUCGUUUCAAAAGAUUGUUCAAACUUUGCACCCUAUCACCGCCCGGAAACAUCAUUAUUUAGGUUAAACGACAUCCAACAGACCUGAUAAAAAGAGAGGGAUAAUCUCUCUCAGCUUACCAAAACAUGAAAGGUUUUCACCAGUGCUCCUACUUCUGUUUAGUCUGUUUACUUUGAUUGGAAGCACAUUCGCCUCUGGAUAAAAUAAUUGCUCAAUUAUCCAAAUUGUGUAUAUAUGUAACUAUUGGAACGAACGUUGAAAUUUUUAUGUAUUGAAUUGUGAAUAAACAGUUGUUAUUAAA